AUGGCCAGGUGGAACUCCUACAUCGACAGCCUCAUGGUGGAGGGGACCUGUCAGGACGCAGCCAUCCUAGGCUACAAGGACUCGCCCUCCGUCUGGGCCGCCGUCCCCAGGAAGACCUUCCUUAGCAUUAUGCCAGCUGAGGUUGGUGUCCUGGUAGGCAAAGACCGGUCAAGUUUUUUCGUGAAUGGGCUGACACUUGGGGGCCAGAAAUGUUCUGUGAUCAAGUUUUUUUUUGUGAAUGGGCUGACACUUGGGGGCCAGAAAUGUUCUGUGAUCCGGGACUCACUGCUGCAGGAUGGGGAAUUUACAAUGGAUCUUCGUACCAAGAGCACCAGAGGAGCCCCAACCUUCAAUGUCACUGUCACCAUGACUGCCAAGACGCUAGUCCUGCUGAUGGGCAAAGAAGGUGUCCAUGGUGGUUUGAUCAACAAGAAAUGUUAUGAAAUGGCCUCCCACCUGCGGCGUUCCCAGUACUGACCUCAUCUGUCCCCUCCCCCACCGCUCCCUUCAGCUUUUGCACCCCUUCUUUCCAUACACACACACACACACACACACACACACACACACAC